GAUUGUCUUGGGACUCCUGCAUGGUGUUUCAAAGGGUGGUGAAGAACUAAGGUAGAAGAAUACAUGUUCACUUUCAGUGAACACGAGCAUGUUCCCAAACUCAAUAUUGGGUCGCCCACCCUUCUCUCCAAACCAUCAACAACAUAAUAACUUCUUCACCUUGUCACCAGCUCUUUAUUCACACCAGCAGCUUAUAGAUGCACAGUUCAACUUUCAGAAUGCAGAUUUGUCUAGAGCUGUGUCAUUACAGCAGCUGACAUAUGGAAAUGUCAGUCCAAUACAGAUCUCAACUUCUCCAUUAUUUCGAGGAAGGAAGAGAUUAAGCGAUGAAAAAAAUCUUCCUCUUGAUCGUAAACGUCAACGUUUCCAUUCACCCCACCAAGAACCAACUGUAGUUAACCAGAUAGUGCCUUUAUCAGGUGAAUGAAGAUACUCAAUGCCGCCAUUGUUUCACACGCACUAUGUACCAGAUGUCAUCAGAUGUGCUCCGCCUUUUCGAGAAAUAGCAUUUUUAGAACCUAGAGAACUCACACUGCCUGAUGCCAAAGAUAAGCUGAGUCAGCAGAUACUGGAGUUAUUUGAAACUUGUCAGCAGCAAGUAAGUGAUUUAAAGAAGAAAGAACUCUGUCGAACACAGCUACAAAGAGAAAUCCAGCUGUUAUUUCCCCAAAGCAGACUUUUUUUGGUUGGAUCCUCUUUAAAUGGAUUUGGUACCCGGAGCAGUGAUGGUGAUUUAUGCCUUGUUGUUAAGGAAGAACCAGUAAAUCAGAAGACUGAAGCAUGGCAUAUACUCACCUUAGUCCAUAAACAUUUCUGUACUAGACUUUCUGGCUACAUUGAGAGACCUCAACUGAUUCGAGCAAAAGUGCCAAUUGUGAAGUUCAGGGAUAAAGUCAGUUGUGUGGAGUUUGACUUGAAUGUAAACAAUAUUGCUGGAAUAAGAAACACAUUCCUUCUCAGAACUUAUGCAUACCUUGAAAAUCGAGUUCGUCCAUUAGUACUGGUGAUUAAGAAGUGGGCAAGUCACCAUCAGAUAAAUGAUGCCAGUCGUGGUACUCUAAACAGCAAUAGUCUUGUAUUGAUGGUUUUGCACUAUUUACAAACCCUACCUGAACCCAUCCUUCCAUCCCUCCAAAAAAUGUACCCAGAGUCUUUUAGUCCUGCUAUACAGCUGCACCUUGUACAUCAAGCUCCAUGUAAUGUUCCUCCUUACCUCUCAAAGAAUGAAUCAAAUCUUGGGGACCUCUUACUGGGCUUUCUUAAAUAUUAUGCUACAGAAUUUGACUGGACUAGUCAAAUGAUUUCAGUUCGUGAAGCCAAAGCCAUUCCGAGGCCUGAUGGUAUUGAAUGGAGAAAUAAAUACAUCUGUGUAGAAGAACCGUUUGAUGGGACAAAUACAGCUAGAGCUGUGCAUGAAAAGCAGAAGUUUGACAUGAUCAAGGAUCAAUUUUUAAAGUCAUGGCCCAGAUUGAAAAACAAACUGGAUUUGAACAGCAUACUACCUUUAAGAGCUGCUAUCGUGAAAAGAUAACUGGCCUCUAUUUCUUAAUAUUCUUCCAAGAAAUAAAGAACAAUAGUUACAUUAUAAUGCAUUUUGUUUACCUCCAUCAUGGUUUCUUUUUAAUUAUUCUUGUUUUCAUGUUUUAUUUUUAAAAAGACAUAAAGAUUGCAUAUUUUGUUAUGAUAUUUCCUAAUAAAACCCUUUGAUU